AUGAAACUCUUCAUCCGGGAGCAACCUCGUGCGAUUGCACUUGCGACGGACACGCAUGUGCUAAUACUCCGACAUAGUCCGUCUGUCACGGGUGGUAUUGCCCGUGGUAAUAGUUCAACUACAUCCAUUGCGGAAGGCGGCGCGCCACGAUGCAUUGUAGAAUUCUCACCAUGGGAAGGCCAGGACAUGAGCGAGUACCGUUCGCUUACCUCGCAAAAGGUUCAGGGCACGCUAGGACUCGUUACAAUCAACGGUGACAUUUUCCUGUGCAUUGUGAAUGGCAGCUCGCAUGCAGCGACCGUACGGCCCGGGGAGACAGUACAGCGCAUCUUGAGCGUAGAGUUCCACUGUCUGAACAAGUCGGACUAUGACCACUUGCUAAAUGACCAGAUCAACCCGUUCCCGACCGACAGUCUGGAUGCGGAUGGACAUGACCAUGGCGGGCACAAAGAGCCUACAAUCGAACACCCUUGCCUGGCGCUCAAGAAGCUGCUCAGCGGCGGCAGCUUCUACUAUAGCGCAGACUUUGACUUGACCAAGCGACUUCAGGACCGCCACACUGAAGCGAGCACGGUCGCUAUUGAGAGCCUUGACGCUGGCUUUCUGUGGAAUACGUAUAUGAUCCAGCCGCUUGUGGACUUCCGAUCUAGACUCUCGGACAGGGAGAAGGAAGCUUUGGACCAGUCGAAGAUUCUAACCUCUGCAAUACGUGGUUUCGCUUCUACGAUUACAGUACCCGCAUCUUCGUCGCCAGCCCGAAGUAGGUCUCAAGGCUUCCCGAGCAACAUGACGCUGAUCUCUCGGCUGUCAUGCAGACGCGCCGGGACACGCUUCAAUGCUCGUGGAAUCGACGACGACGGAAACGUGGCUAAUUUCGUGGAGACCGAGACGAUCUUUUGCACAGACAGGCUCUGCUUCUCAUACGUGCAGUGCCGUGGCAGCGUGCCUAUCUUCUGGGAGCAGUCAAGCGGUUUGCCCGGUCAGCAGAAGAUCACGAUCACACGCUCUAUGGAAGCAACACAGCCGGCUUUCGACAAGCACUUCGAGAUGCUGUCGACAACGUACGGGGAUGUCUUUGUUGUCAACCUACUCAGCGACGAGAAAUCGAGCGAGCUGCAGAUUACGCAGCGCUACCUUGACCACAUCAAGUGGAGUCCGCUCAAUACAGAGGCCAAGUCAGGAGGAGACGCCGAAUCGUCAGAGCAUGUCCACUUGAAGCACAUCAAUUACGACUUCCACGCGCAGACUCGAGGCCCAAACGGAUACGAAGCCGCAAGUGGGAUCAGGCGUUGGAUCGAGCCUGCUGCGGUGGCUUUCGAGUACUUUCUUACUGAGGAGACGCAGGAGACCAUACAGAAAGAUGGGCGUAAAGUUUCCAUUGUCGGUCAAAACGUCGUCCUGAGCCAGGCCGGCGUCUUUCGAACUAAUUGCCUGGACUGCCUCGACCGCACGAACCUUGUCCAAACGAUCGUCUCACAGAUGGCCAUUGAGAUCUUCCUCAACCAGCAAGGCGAGCGGAGCCCGACGUCUGAUUUCUGGGCGAGGCAUGGCACGCUUUGGGCAGACUGCGGUGAUGCACUCUCGAAGAUCUACGCCGGUACUGGAGCGCUGAAGUCAUCAUUCACGCGGUCUGGUAAGAUGUCUAUUGCCGGGGCGCUGGCUGACGUCCGGAAGUCUGCUCAGAGACUGUAUAUCAACAACUUCGAGGACAAAGGCCGCCAGAACACUAUCGACAUGCUGUUGGGUCGCUUGAUCGGACAAAUGCCCGUUCAUCUGUACGAUCCAAUCAACGACUGGGUUACGGCUGAGCUCACGCGACGCUCGGAGGAGUAUUCGACUGACGAGCAGAUUACGAUCUUCGUAGGCACGUUCAAUCUGAACGGCAAGUCGUACGGGCCGGAAGACGACUUAUCACUCUGGCUUUGUCCGAAGACGGAGGACUCACUGAAAUCCCCAGAGAUCGUGGCCAUCGCUUUUCAAGAGAUAGUAGAGCUUGACGUACAGCAGAUCAUGGCCACGGAUCCGCACCGGCUAAAAGCUUGGGAAAGCACAGUGCGUGAGACGUUGAACGAGAACGCUCGUCGCCUUGGCUCAGACGAGUAUGUCAUGCUUCGCGGAGGUCAACUCGUCGGUGCGUCGUUGUCAGUCUUCGUGAAAGCCAGCGUUCUGCCGUUUAUCAAGAACGUCGAAGGCGCCGUGAAGAAGACCGGCAUGAGUGGUAUGGCUGGCAACAAAGGUGCUGUAGCCAUACGCUUGGAGUACGCCGACACUGCGAUCUGCUUGGUGACGGCGCAUCUCGCUGCCGGGUUCGCCAAUUAUGAAGAGCGGAACCAGGACUACCGGACGAUCUCCAAUGGCUUACGCUUCCAGCGCGAUAGGAGCAUCGAAGACCAUAAGACCAUCAUCUGGUUCGGUGACUUCAAUUACCGCAUCGGCAUGGAGAACGAACGCGCAAGGUAUCUGAUCAAGAAGGGUGAUCUCGGCACGCUGUACGAGAACGACCAGCUGAAUCUGCAGAUGGUGCACGGGAAAACCUUUCCUUUCUACACGGAGAAGACACCGACCUUCAUGCCGACAUACAAGUACAACCUGGGGUCCGACGAAUACGAUACCUCGGAGAAAGCGCGCAUACCGGCCUGGUGUGACCGCAUCGUGACAAGAGGUGACAAUCUGCGGCAACUCUACUACGAUACUGCGCCUCUACGCUUCUCCGACCAUCGACCGGUAUAUGGUAUCUUCCACUGCACGGUGAGCGUGACAAACCAGGCAAAGAAGGACAAAAUCAGCGCCGAACUGUACGAAAGGAGGCGAGCCGUCGUCGGCACGCAUAUUGCAUCCCAAGGCCACGAAAGCGACGACGAGUCGCUACUCGGCUACGACUCGGUGGAGCCAGGCUUACCGCCCGCCAGCUCCGACAAGCGGAAGUGGUGGCUCGACAACGGCAUGCCCGCACGCUCGUCCGUCAAGCCGCCCAGGAGCGACUUUGUACCGAACCCUGCGCGGCCGUCAAACCCGUUCACGCCUACCUCCGAGCCGGAUUGGGUCAGGGUAGAUACACCGAAUUCCCCUCCCUCAGGAGCAGCAUCAGUGGCUAGUACUUCUUCGCGCGUCAGCCGGAUAGAGAGCGGUUCUGUGCCUAGGAAGCCGGCACCGCCGCCCACGUCUGGAGACGGUGCGCCUGCCAAGCCGCCGAGGCCUCUGCCGCAAGUGGAUGGCGCCGCUGACGAUGGAAGAGCACCGCAACACGUUUAUUUGAAGCAGACGCUGAGGAAGCCCGCGCCACCUAGACCCAACAAACCCAAUCUUCUCCGUUCGGAGAGCGCGCAGUCGACCGCUUCAACCCCUUCAAUGCAAUCCACGACGGAGUCGAGAAGAGUCGUCAGUAAGGAGAUGGCGCCGCCACCUGCGCUGCCGUCACGAGUGCAGGGAGAGCAGACGGCAAGAACUAUGGCGCCGCAGGCUCCUCCGCCUAGGACGACGUUAAGGAAGCCUACGCCCGCGGCUGAGUCGAGUCCGGCGUUACCGCCGAGGAGGACGGACCACGCGCUGAUGGAUGAAGGGGGCGGUGGGCAGGAGUUAAAGGAGUGGGUGCCGUUGAAGCCGCAGUAG